UGUAUCCAGCCUGUUAGUCUGAGCCAUGAACAGCCCCGUCCCACUGCCCCAGUGCUGCCUGCCCCUGCCCGCACUCCGGAGAGAGAUGGGUAUUCACCAGCCUGUGGGCUAUUACAUGCCCCCCCAGUGCUGCCCCUCCCCGCGGCCCCCCCCCACUCCGGUGCAGCCUGCAGCCCAACUGGAGAACAAGGAAUUGUGGGAGAGAUUUAACUCUGUGGGAACUGAAAUGAUUGUGACUAAGAGUGGAAGACGGAUGUUUCCGGAGUUUUCCGUCUCCCUGUCCGGACUGGAGCCCAAUCUUCCCUACACUGUGUGUGUCCAGGCCGUGCCCGAGGGAGAUGCCCGGUACCGCUGGCGAGACGGCGCUUGGGGCAAGAGUGGCAGAGCUGAGCCCGGGCCCCCAACGCGCCUCUAUGUGCACCCAGAAUCCCCUGCUCCGGGCCACAGGUGGAUGGAGCGGCCCAUCUGCUUCAGUAAGAUCAGACUGACCAACAACACCCUGAGCCAGGGGGGGCAGAUUGUUCUCCAGUCGAUGCACCGGUACUCCCUGCGCUUGUACAUCACCCCCACCUCUACCCAGGGCUGCCCCCCGGGGGCAACUGUGUCCUUCACUUUCCCAGAGACGUCCUUCAUAGCAGUCACCAGCUACCAGAACCCCAAGCUCUCUCUGCUGAAGAUCGAAGAGAAUCCGUUUGCCAAGGGAAUAAAGUUCUUUAAGACCCAGCAGGACAGUCUCUCCCCACAGAAGAGGGUUGCUGGGUCGGAACCAGAGGGGGAGAGCAGCCCAGGCUGUAAGAGAAUGCGAGAGAGCGGGGAUGGAGGGGAGACUGGCUCCGAGAAGAGAGCGCAAGAGACACACAGAGUCUCAGGAGAGAGCGCAGAGAAGGGAGAGAAGGGAGAGAGUCCCACCAAUGAGAGGACAAAGAUGGAGCCAACGGAGAAGAACGGGAAUGAUGGGAGAGAUGGGAGACAUUUCCUGGAGGGGACAGGAAGGAGUCACAGGGGACAGGAAGGGGGGCCCCCUCUCAGUAUGUCAGUGCAUUAUGGCUCCGUAGCCCAGAGACUGGCCUGGUUGCCUCCUGCUGUACCCCAAGGGCCACUGGGCCCCUACUCUCCAGCCGCGAGUGUCCCAGGAUACAGGUUCGCAAUUCACUACUAUGGGAAUAUCCCCCCUUUCCAUCCCGGGGCCUGUGGGGCCCCCCUGCACUCCCUGGGGCCCAACCUAAGCGCAAACCCUUGGACUUCAGGCCAGUUUGGACCUUGUGUCUCUGGGCCAUACCCACAGCUUUCCCAGCACAUACUGCCCCCUCCCUCCCUAUACCUGCCCCCCCAGGCACCCCGCCUCGGCAUCUGACCAACACAGCUGGGGGCCAAACUGAACUCGGCCACAAUCCAGUAGGAGGGGUUUGCCUACCCAAAUGUCCCAGAAUGCACCGGGACAGGCCAGCGGGGCCCACAAUGCAUUGGGAUGCAGAUACACGGCCCAGAAUGCACCGGGACAGGCCAGCCGGGCCCACAAUGCAAUGGGAUGCAGAUACACGGCCCAGAAUGCACCGGGACUGACCAGCAGGGCCCACAAUGCAAUGGGAUGCAGAUACAUGGCCCAGAAUGCACCAGGACUGACCAGCAGGGCCCACAAUGCAUUGGGAUGCAGAUACACGGCCCAGAAUGCACCGGGGCUGACCAGCGGGGCCCACAAUGCAAUGGGAUGGGGCCCACAAUGCAAUGGGAUGCAGAUACACGGCCCAGAAUGCACCGGGACUGACCAGCAGGGCCCACAAUGCAAUGGGAUGCAGAUACACGGCCCAGAAUGCACCGGGACUGACCAGCAGGGCCCACAAUGCAAUGGGAUGCAGAUACAUGGCCCAGAAUGCACCGGGACUGACCAGCGGGGCCCACAAUGCAAUGGGAUGCAGAUACACGGCCCAGAAUGCACCGGGACUGACCAGCAGGGCCCACAAUGCAAUGGGAUGCAGAUACACGGCCCAGAAUGCACCGGGACUGACCAGCGGGGCCCACAAUGCAAUGGGAUGCAGAUACAUGGCCCAGAAUGCACGGGGACUGACCAGCGGGGCCCACAAUGCAUUGGGAUGCAGAUACACGGCCCAGAAUGCACCGGGACUGACCAGCGGGGCCCACAAUGCAAUGGGAUGCAGAUACACGGCCCAGAAUGCACCGGGACUGACCAGCAGGGCCCACAAUGCAAUGGGAUGCAGAUACAUGGCCCAGAAUGCACGGGGACUGACCAGCGGGGCCCACAAUGCAACAGGAUAAAGGGGCAAGGGCCACAUUGCAAAUGGACAUACAAGCCUGACCCACAAUUAAUCCUGAGAGAGGGACAAGGUCCACAAUAAACAAUGGGCACAUUUA